AUGAAGUUUACUGCAGUCUCAGCAGCAGCGUGCUUCUUGGUCUCGCAGGCACUUGGCGCAAUCAACAUAUCUCAGCCGUCAUUGUCGUCCAAGAUCACCCUCCCGGCUACCUUCAAACCGCCGCAGGUCUUCAAGAAUGCCAACUUGGUGCAUGUCAUCUCUCUGGAGAAGAACUUCGCAAAAGAGUCCAUCAAUGUUCUGAUUGAGAAUACGUCAACAGAACCGCAGGAUGAAUACUUCCUCCCUUUUAUGCGAGGCCAGGUCAAGAAUGUAGGAGGCAUUGAGGUUAAGGAUAGGAAAGAUGCCAGCUUGUUGGGGUUUUCCGUGGAAGCUGUUGAAUUCGACAGACAGAGCGAUACUCAAUACUACCGCAUUCGACUACCUACACCAUUGCCAGUAAAAGGUCAACAGACGCUAGGAAUUUCCUUCUACCUUCUUAAUGCUUUUGCGCCAUUGCCAACCGCUAUUGAGCAGUCUGACAAGCAAUACCUUGUCUACCAUUUCUCAGCAUACUGCCCAUCAGUCUAUCCCACGUUGAAGCAGAAGACGGAGGUUAAAUUUCCAUCCUCUGAUAUCCCGGACUAUACUAGGAUCGCUGGUAGCGGAGAGACUAAAGAGUUUCCUCAGAAGCAAGGGUCGAAGCUAACCUAUGGCCCUUUCCUCGAAGUCCCAGCCGGCGCGGUAUCUCCUGUCACAGUACGGUACGAGUUUACGAAACCAGUAACGCACGUGUCAGAGCUAGAGCGGGACGUUGAGGUCAGCCAUUGGGGCGGCAAUAUCGCGUUCGAGGAGCGAUAUACUCUCCACAAUCAAGGCGCGAACCUCUCGUCGCAGUUCAACAGAGUCAAAUGGGCGCAGUCCCAGUACUUCAACCCGCAGACGUACGCUCUAAAAGAGAUGAAGUUCCCCCUCCGGAUUGGAAGUAAGGAUGCGUAUUUUACAGAUGCCAUUGGCAAUGUAUCUACGUCGCGCUUCCGUUCUAAUAGGCGAGAGGCCGUUCUUGAACUCAAACCCCGGUAUCCCGUUUUUGGCGGUUGGAAGUAUCCCUUCACGAUCGGAUGGAACGCCGACUCGAGGCACUUCUUGAGGAAGCAGUCUGGCGAUAGCUAUCUGUUGAACGUGCCCUUUAUCGAGGGGCCUAAGCAGUCGGAAGGCAUCUCGUUUGAGCGUAUACAGAUUCGUGUUUUCUUGCCAGAGGGCGCCGAGAACGUUCGGUUCUACACAAAUAUUCCCGGGUCCGCCAUUACACAUUAUACGGUUGAUCUACAAAAGAUAUAUCUGGACACCAUUGGCCGAACAGUCCUAACAAUUAAGGCAAAGAACUUGGCAGACGACUUCCGAGACCGCGAUUUGGUCGUCUCCUACGACUAUUCGAUAGCGGCGAGCCUUCGGAAGCCAUUGAUAGUAUUUGCCAGCACGAUGGCGGUAUUCGUCGGAAUGUGGGUUGUCUCAAAAGUGAAUGUCAAGUUUUCGACAACAUAAAAGACCUUUGACUUCCCCAGGGGAAGGAGGGCGGGAGGCGCGACGCACAUCGUGUACAGUACAGGGUUUCCAUGGGAUCUGAGCGUAGCAUAAACAGCCCUAAGGAGGAGGAGGGGGGAAGGUUGCUUAGCUUAAGGCACACAGGUCCAGCAUGAAGAAUACGACUUUGACGCAUUUCCUUCUCAUUUGCACUUUAAUCAAUCCCCUCCCUAUGAGGACCCUGGCUUGGCGGCAUGCGCUGAGGUGAAUGGGGAUAACCUCACACCGUUUUCGGUAUAUCUGAAUGGCCGAGUUAGCCUGCGAAUAGGCCCGCUACAAGAAUCCCCACCGGACUGUUGUACAGGGUCUCAGCAAUGCCAAUGCAAAAUACGCAGCAGCAGACGCGUUGGUUGAGCCUCGGGUCUAUGUAGACGCACGCAGGCAUCUGUAUACCUGCUACAAGUGGUACAUGGGGGGGCAGGUUUACUACCCAACCCCAAGGCACCAGGAGGGGAGGGGGUGCCAGCCGACAGACAUUGGUAUCCGUAUGGAUAACUAUGGGCUUGACGGCUAGACGCAAUGUUGCUAGGAUCGGCACCUUGUUAACCGCUACCUCGACCCGCCUCUUCCAUGCUUGUUACUGUUGCCACCGUGGUGUAGGUUAGGUCAUAUAUGGCUUGCUUAUGUUCAGCCCUCGAACUGUCUGGGUAGUAGACUGGCUAACGAUAUGGCCGGCUUUAUAGGUAAGGCUCUUGGG